UUAACACCUAAAUAAAGCAUUGAUUGCCGGGCGGCGCCGGUCCAGCCCAAAUUAAUUUGGACCCACUUUACUCAAACCCCACCCGCGGUAUAUAAACCCCAGAUAACCUUCUUCUUCCCCAAUAACCUACAGGAGUCGCAGCGGUCCGCCGUCUGUUUCAUUCCCGUCUCGUUCUUCACUGAAAAAAUGGCUAUCUCGAACGAUUUUGAUUUGUUGCACCCUUCUCCGGAGGCCGAGAAGAGGAAGCACAAACUUAAACGCCUCGUGCCGUCUCCCAACUCGUAUUUCAUGGAUGUCAAGUGUCAAGCGUGCUCCAACAUAACCACUGUGUUUAGCCACUCUCAUACAGUCGUGGUGUGUCGUAACUGUCCAACAGUGUUGUGCCAGCCCUCUGGUGGCCGCGCGAAACUCCGGGAGGGCUGUUCUUUCAGGAGAAAGGGCGAUUGAUCAACUGAGAGUUGCAAUGGAGUAAUUGUCUCAAUUUUGCCUUGGAGUAUAUGACACAAGUUCUGAUUUUAGUAUGCAGUUAGUUCAUCUUAUGCAUGUCUUAAGACAAAUUUUUUUGGCAGUUUGGUUUUUGAUGCAUUUGAGGGAGUUUUGCAUUUUUGCAGUUAUUUGGCAUGGCCAAUGACAUUAUAUUUUAAGUUAUACAUGAAUCCAUUUUAUUAGUAAAUGUUGUUUAAAAGUUAUGAAUUUAACAAAUAAGAGUAUAGGUA